GCACACAUGGCAUUCAGAGAUGUGGCUGUGGAUUUCAGCCAGGAGGAGUGGAUGCUGCUGAGCCCUGCUCAGAGAUCCCUGUACAGGGAGGUGAUGCUGGAAAACUACAGCAACCUGGUCUCACUGGGAAUUCCGGUUACUAAACCAAAACUUAUCACGCAGCUGGAGCAAGGGAAGGAAACCUGGAGAGAGGAGAGAAAAUGCUCACCAGCCACCUGUCCAGCAGAACCAAAGCCGGAACUCCACCUGUGUCCUUUCUGCCCUUCGGAUUUUUCCAGUCAGAAGUUCCACAUGCAACACAUGCUGUGUAACCAUCCCCCCUGGGUCUUUACGUGCUUGUGUGCAGAAACUCCUGUCAAGCCAGGGGACCCCUGCCCAGGGGACCAGAAGCAGCAGCAACCAGCCUCUGAUCGAGAUUCCUGGAGUAAUAAAGCAGAAGGCCAAGAGAGAGAAGGCCCCAAGCCUCUGUUUGGCAAGACAAAGAAAAGGACUUCGGGAACGUUCUCCAGGGCACCCCAGAGGCAGCCAGUGAGCUCUAGGAGUGGCAUCAAAGGGGUGGAAAUCAAGUCCAGCCCCGCUCCAGCGGGGAGCCCUGGGGAAGCGGACAGACUGUUGAAGAGGAUAGAAGUCUUGGGAUUUGGGACGGUCAACUGUAGAGAGUGUGGACUGGGCUUCAGCAAAAUGACAAACCUGCUCAGUCACCAGAGGAUUCACUCCGGGGAGAAGCCGUACGUGUGUGGGGUGUGUGAGAAGGGCUUCAGUCUGAAGAAGAGCCUUGCCAGACACCAGAAGGCCCACUCGGGGGAGAAACCUAUUGUGUGCAGGGAGUGUGGCCGAGGAUUUAACCGGAAGUCAACACUUAUCAUACACGAGAGGACUCACUCGGGCGAAAAGCCUUAUAUGUGCAGUGAGUGCGGGCGAGGCUUCAGUCAGAAGUCAAACCUCAUCAUACACCGGAGGACACACUCAGGGGAGAAGCCCUACGUGUGCCGGGAGUGUGGGAAAGGCUUUAGCCAGAAGUCUGCUGUCGUGAGACACCAGAGGACACACUUAGAGGAGAAGACCAUUGUGUGCAGUGAUUGUGGGCUGGGCUUCAGUGACCGGUCGAACCUCAUCUCACACCAGAGAACACACUCGGGGGAGAAACCUUACGCCUGCAAGGAGUGCGGGCGCUGCUUUAGGCAGAGGACGACCCUUGUCAACCACCAGAGGACACACUCCAAAGAGAAGCCUUACGUGUGUGGAGUGUGUGGACACAGCUUUAGCCAGAAUUCAACCCUCAUCUCACACAGGCGGACACACACCGGGGAGAAGCCCUAUGUGUGCGGGGUGUGUGGGCGCGGCUUUAGUCUGAAGUCACACCUCAACAGACACCAGAACAUACACUCAGGGGAUAAGCCCAUCGUGUGCAAGGAUUGUGGGCGAGGCUUCAGCCAGCAGUCAAAUCUCAUCAGACACCAGAGGACACACUCAGGGGAAAAGCCCAUGGUGUGUGAGGAGUGCGGGCGAGGCUUCAGCCAGAAGUCAAACCUCGUUGCACACCAGAGGACACACUCAGGGGAAAAGCCGUAUGUGUGCAGGGAGUGUGGGCGAGGCUUCGGUCACCAGGCAGGUCUCAUCAGGCACAAGAGGAAACACUCGAGGGAGAAGCCGUACAUGUGCAGGCAGUGUGGACUAGGCUUUAGCAACAAGUCAGCUUUAAUCACACAUAAACGGGUACAUUCAGAAGAGAAGCCUUGCGUGUGCAGAGAGUGUGGCCAGGGCUUUAUCCAGAAGUCACACCUCGUCUUACAUCAGAUGACACACCAGGGGGAGAAGCCUUAUGUGUGCAAGAUGUGCGGCCAAGGCUUCAGCCAGAAGUCCCACCUCAGCCGACACAGGAGGACGAAAUCUGUCCACUACAAACCGCCACUCACGCCUGACUCUGAGGCCUGUUCCGGACAGUCUCCCGACCUCUUACACUCUCUUUGA